AAUUUAAACGAACCAAUUACGCGAUAGCAAUUGGACUCCCUUAUCGGUGCGGCCACCCCGCUUAUCCGUCGAGAUUAUUCAAGAUCAUCCACUGAUCUGGCUAUUGACCAAUGGAAUGGCUUAAAUAAGCGUUCUUGAACUCCGUUAUCGGUCGAACCAGUCGAGCCACCCUCUUAUCAAUCAGCCAGUUAAUAUUUUGAAAUGAUGACUGCUUCAGAGAGCUCAGAAGACAAAGCAAAUGCGUUUAAGUUGAUGAGAUUAAUUGUUGAUCUUGGUGGUGAGGCUUUGCGAAUCACAUUGAAAAAACAACUGUCAGAAAACAAGCAACAAGAAGUAUUAGUGAAUUUUAAGCAUCAAAAUAUGCACAUACUUGCAUGCAGCUCAAAAAAUCAUGUGUUUGCUAAAGUCAAGUUUGAGGAUGAAACAUCUUACUAUAUGUGGCAUGAGGACAAACCAGUAAAUGGUUGGAAUGACGUACUUCAGAAAGAAAUCAUUGGAGGUAGAGAAGCACUAGAUGGUUUAGAAUAUAUAGAUGAAGAGUUUAGAAAUAGGAUUAAGCGGCUAGGUAACAGUAUUGAUCACGCUGACUUUUCACCAUCAGCGAAUAAAUUAUUAAUUAGUGACAGCCAUAGCUAUGUAAAGGUAUUUGACGUUAAAAACAUACAAGUUAUUUACAGUUUAACCAUGUUUUUAGCUAAGUCUGUCUUUCUGAAUGAUAGAUUUAUAAUUAGUGAUAAGUUUAUGUUGAUUGAUUUGAAGUGUUUUAAAAACGUACAAUUAGGUUUUCCGCUUUUGCGCGUAAAUCGUAGCAGCUUUUAUUUCUGCUGUAAACGCAAACUUGUCUUUACUUUCUUCACUGACUUAGACGUUUUGAUAAAUUGCGCGAAAAUUGUAUUGCCACGAGAAUGAAUUUAGUCUUUGAUGAUAAAAUUGCUCUUUCUUGGAUCAUAACGAAUCUUAACCACAUUUUCUUAAACAACAUCACAUUCUAUAGUAUCGCAAGUUCCUUAUUCUUAAAAAAUUGUCAUUAACAUGCACAAUUUAUAACAUUAACAAUGUAAGUUGGAAUUUCAAAAACAUGUGUGAAAGACAAAAAAUAUUCAGUAGCAACAAUAUGGGCGAUUACGGUUGAAAACUAAGCAUAUUUAAUUAAGUAGUUGCGAAAAAGUAUUAAUUAAGUUUUUUGUUGGAAACAGACUUAUUACGGGAACUAUUCCCUAAAAAGUCCAACAAGAUAAUAAUUUAACUUUAACAAUAACACAGGUUUAUUAAAAUAAAGUUUUACUACAACAAAAGUACGUAAUAUAUCAGCUAGUGGUAGUUAUAAGACAAUAUAGGUUCAACAUUUAUAAACUACAUUGUAAAAACACUAAUACGUACACGUACAAUGAAUUUCUACCUAAAGAAGAAAAUAACUUAACGUAAUUUUAACAACAACGUAAGUUUAUUAGGUAAAAAGUCCAAUUUAAGCACGUAAUAUGCAUACUAGUGAUAGAUAUCAAUAAUGCUAUAAACAUUGUUAGUCUACAUACUUCUAAUGUUCAUAAUAUUUUAUAAAAAAUUUCUUGCAUGUAGAGAAUCGUAGAAUAUAAGUAUGUAUAAUGAUUGUUUUCAAAUAGUAUAUUACCUAACAGUGGUUUGCUUUUCUAUAUUUGUUUGACAAGUUAGAAUUAACAAAAUGAUGUUGUUGUCUUGAGUAAAAUCAUUAUCUUAUAUGCAAA